AUGACCAAACCCUCCUGCUGUUCAGCUCCACGCCCCAACCCUCCUAACCUCUCAGCUCCACCACACUCCCAACCCUCCUGCCUCUCAGCUCCACCACACCUCAACCCUCCUGCCUCUCAGCCCCACCACACCUCAACCCUCCAGCUUCUCAGCCCCACCACACCUCAACCCUCCUGCCUCUCAGCCCCACCACACCUCAACCCUCCUGCCUCUCAGCCCCACCACACCUCAACCCUCCUGCCUCUCAGCCCCACCACACCUCAACCCUCCUGCCUCUCAGCCCCACCACACCUCAACCCUCCUUCCUCUCAGCCCCACCACACCUCAACCCUCCUGCCUCUCAGCCCCACCAAACCUCAACCCUCCUGCCACUCAGCCCCACCAAACCUCAACCCUCCUGCCACUCAGCCCCACCACACCGCAACCCUCCUGCCUCUCAGCCCCACCACACCGCAACCCUCCCGCCUCUCAGCCCCACACCUCAACCCUCCUGCCUCUCAGCCCCACCACACCUCAACCCUCCUGCCUCUCAGUCCCACACCUCAACCCUCCUGUCGCUCAGCUCCACCACACUCCCAACCCCCUGCCUCUCAGCCCCACCACACCUCAACCCUCCUGCCUCUCAGCCCCACCACACCUCAACCCUCCUGCCUCUCAGCCCUACCACACUCCAACCCUCCUGCCUCUCAGCCCCACGACCAAACCCACCUGUCGCUCAUCUCCACCACACUCCCAACCCUCCUGCCUCUCAGCUCCAUGCCUCAACCCUCCUACCUCUCAGCUCCACACCUCAACCCUCCUGCCUCUCAGCUUCACGCCCAAACCCUCCUACCUCUCAGCUCCACGCCUCAACCCUCCUGCCUCUCAGCCCCAUAUGCCAAUCCUUCGGCUGGGUCUCCUCAUCUCUCCCAGAACACCCUGCAACUCCCUGGAAUUCAAUUGGAGGCUGGUUUGGGAUUUAUUAUUUUAGAGGUUUGA